AUGGAUUUCUAUACGGAUCCAAAGUUUAACUCUCUAGUCCACCUGCCGCAGGUCCUUGCCAACUUGACCUUUUUGGAUAUUGCCAUCAACAUCCCGGACAACUGCACCGGCCAUUGCGCUCCGGCUGCCGAUUUUCUUGACUAUCUCGAAGGAAGCUUUGAUUUGAAGGACGAGGGCGAUGUGCCCAUUUCAAAAUUCAGCACUCUCGUGAGAAGCUGUACCGCGCCUGGGCUUCUAGACCACGUUUCCAAUGGCCAGAUCAUCGAUUGGUACUUCUAUCGCACCCUGAACGCAGAAAACGACAUUGGCUGGAUGUAUUUGGGUAUCGCUUUUCGAUGCUUCAAUGAGUUUUGCAACGGCCUAACGUGGGAAGGCAAUCCUGAUAUAUCCGGCAUUGGGGUCAACAUUGCCUUUUUCAUCCAAGCAGCCCUUACCGCCGUCUUCUUACUCAUCUAUGUCAGCUUUUACAUAGCCGAGACACAUCACAUUCGAAAGAAUCCGGCACAGGCCAACCGGAAGGUAACUUCGUUGUGGCGCAAAGCAGCCGAUGAUUGCCUCGAAGUCUUCUGGUCAACAUGUUACGUCUUUGCCUUAACCCUAGCUGUAGGCACCCUUUGCUUCAACGUUAUCUACCAUUCGCCUGGCCACGUUUACUCGGGCUACUUCGGAUAUCUCGGUACCGUCCUCUCCGUAGCCGUCCUUGUAUGUCUGUGGACCUGGUUUCCUGGACGGUAUCGAUACCCGGUCCUCACUUUUCGGGCUAUGACCUUUCUCAAAGAGGUGAAAUCCGAUGACAAGACCAUCUUCGAAAGAGCCUGCCUAGAAACCAGAUUUGACCUCAAGAACGUACCAGAUUGGGAGCACCUGGACCAGGCCUUGGUCCCCGCACAAUCAACAACCUACGUACAAAACUUCGUCAUGUAUACCCCUUACGGGACCCUGGCACUCUUUGUUCUCUGGGGCGGCGCGUUCUCGUUCAUACUUGUACGGAGAAACAAAAUUACUUACUGGAAAUUGUACAAAAUCAUCACCGGGAUUCUAGGCGGCCUUCUCGUCAUUUGCUCGUUUGCCCUGGUUUGGAUCGCUCUCGGCUUUUUCUUCCACCUUCGAACCAAGGUCGAGAGUCUCGCGGGCCCGUCAUACGCUGAGAAUGAAUGGGGCUUUGGUCAAAUCGUCGCUAUCGUCGCAUGGGGUCCACUGGUGGCCCAGAUCGGCAUGGUUCUCUUUCGCUCAGUAUUGAAAGACACCAAAUACCAGAAGUGGUUCAACCCUGCCCCGGAGAGCGAGAGGUAUACGCAUCACCUGUUGGCUCAAUCCCCAACCGUCGGCCCGCAUCAUGGUCAUGGAUCUGACGUGGAGAAGGAACCUGUCACUAGUGUGACUCAGCAGGAUAUCACGGAUGCCGGGCAGCGGUAA